GCGCGGCGCGGCGCAUUGUGGGGCGCGGCGCGGCGCCGUGGAGCGGCCUAGCCGGGGAAAUAAAAUGGCGUCGGGGGCGGUAGUUAACGCAGCUCCUUCGGGAGGAUCGAGUGAUGUUAGCCUGGAGGAACCGAAGAAGAUGACAAGGGAAGACUGGAGGAAAAAGAAGGAGUUAGAAGAGCAGAGGAAACUGGGAAAUGCACCUGCUGAAGUGGACGAAGAAGGGAAAGAUAUCAAUCCUCAUAUUCCUCAGUACAUAUCAUCAGUACCAUGGUACAUAGAUCCUUCUAAAAGACCCACUCUAAAGCACCAGAGACCUCAGCCAGAGAAGCAGAAACAGUAUAGUUCUUCUGGAGAUUGGUACAAACGAGGAGUUCAAGAGCAUGCUGUAGCAACUAAGUAUCGUAAAGGAGCUUGUGAGAACUGUGGUGCAUUGACACACAAAAAGAAAGACUGCAUGGAGAGACCUAGGAAAGUUGGAGCAAAAUACACAGGCAUGAACAUUGCACCAGAUGAACAUGUGCAGCCUCAGUUAAUGUUUGAUUAUGAUGGAAAGCGAGAUCGUUGGAAUGGCUAUAACCCAGAAGAGCACAUGAAGAUUGUAGAGGAAUAUUCCAAAGUUGACUUGGCCAAACGUACACUGAAAGCCCAGAAGCUUCAGGAAGAGUUGGCAUCAGGAAAGCUGGAGCAAGUGAAUUCCCCAAGACACCAAUGGGGAGAAGAGGAACCAAAUUCACAGACGGAAAGAGAUCAUAACAGUGAAGAUGAAGAUGAAGAUAAAUAUGCAGAUGACAUUGAUAUGCCUGGGCAGAACUUCGACUCUAAAAGACGUAUCACAGUCCGAAAUUUACGUAUUCGGGAAGAUAUUGCAAAAUACCUGAGGAACCUAGAUCCAAACUCUGCUUAUUAUGAUCCCAAAACAAGAGCAAUGAGGGAGAACCCAUAUGCUAAUACAGGGAAGAAUCCAGACGAAGUUGGUUAUGCAGGUGACAACUUUGUCCGUUACACUGGUGAUACCAUUUCAAUGGCACAGACUCAGUUGUUUGCUUGGGAAGCUUAUGACAAAGGCUCUGAAGUUCAUCUUCAAGCAGACCCAACCAAAUUAGAGCUACUUUAUAAGUCCUUCAAAGUGAAAAAAGAAGAUUUCAAGGCACAGCAGAAAGAAAGCAUCCUAGAGAAGUAUGGAGGACAAGAACAUCUAGAUGCCCCACCUGCUGAACUGCUGUUAGCUCAAACAGAAGAUUAUGUGGAAUAUUCUAGGCAUGGAACAGUCAUCAAAGGACAAGAGAAGGCUAUUGCUUGCUCUAAAUAUGAAGAGGAUGUAAAGAUCAACAACCACACGUGCAUUUGGGGUUCAUAUUGGAAAGAAGGCAAAUGGGGUUACAAAUGCUGCCAUUCAUUUGUCAAGUUCUCUUACUGUACAGGAGAAGCUGGGAAAGAAAUUGCUAAUACUGAAGCAAGCUUAGCGGAAGACCAACCCAGGGAGGAAGAACACAUGACAAAACCCAAAACUCUGAUGGAGAUCCACCAAGAAAAACAGAAGGACAAGAAAAAGAAGAAACACAAGAAAAGCUCAAACUCAGAUAGUGAGGGUGAAGAGAAAAAGAAGCAGGAAAAACUUAAAAAGGCAUUAAAUGCAGAAGAGGCUCGUCUCCUCCAUGUUAAAGAAAUCAUGCAGUUAGAUGAGAGGAAGAGACCAUAUAACAGCAUAUAUGAAACCAGAGAGCCAACAGAGGAGGAAAUGGAAGCCUAUAGAAUGAAACGUCAGAGACCUGAUGAUCCCAUGGCCUCUUUUCUUGGACAGUAAUUGUAAUGAAAAUCAUUCCAAUACACAAGACUUUUUUCAUACUUGUUUACAGGUCUCUAGAUGCUUGCUUACCUUCCAUGUGUGUAAUAGAUGCCAGAAAAGGCAGAGUUUCUUUUCUUGUGCCACAGAAGCUACUGAAAAGUUCUUACAACAGACAUAGGCAGUACUGUAUGUACAGCAGUUCUAGUGUGUGUGUGUGUGUGUAUAUAGACACACACUAUGUAUGUAUGUAUGUAUGUAUAUAAAAUGCAUUCACCCACUUAGUAAAUUCUCCUGUUGGAAGAGGAAGGAUCUGAUAGUGGCUGGAAUUCCAAAUACAUUGGGCCGCCUAAUUUACGUAUGGAGACAUGACAAAUUCAGUGGAACUGACUAACCAAAAGAAAUGGUCAGCAGAUGUCACUGUUGUAUGGAGCAAAUAUUGUUGAAAAUAAACUUGAUACAGUUUUAUUUCUAAAGGGACUUGCCUAUCACGUGGCUUUUAAAAGAAAACUAGUUUUUCUUGAUCACUUUGUAAUAAGUAUUUUGGAAAUGUAAAAAUUGAUUGCUUUGUACAGUGUUGGUUAAAUUAAUAUAAAGGCCAUAAAUGCUGUACAGUCUUUGGUUUGAAGAGGACAGGAGAAGCUGAUUCUACAGAGCUUUUAAAUUCUAUUUCUAUUUAAAUAAAAAACUGUUCCUUCAUCCAUGCUUCCAUGCUUCCUGUAAUGCUGACAUCACUAUGAUAAGUGUAGUUAUCCAAAAAGUUGUGGUCUUAUCUGUGGUGUUUCUGCAAAUGUUGGCAUAGAAAUUUCAGUUGCAGAUAUCUGAGUUCUUUGAUGUUCUGUUUGAUGUUUAACAGUAUAUAUCUUACCCUUUGUAACUUCCAAAAUCCCAUUAUGUGGUGUAAUACUGAAUGUCAAGCUGUAAUACCUUACGACAGUGUCAUGCAGCAUCUGAUAUGGCUUUAGAACUGGAAGAAUUAAGAAUUACUUUUUGUUUGUUUGUUUGUUUUAUUAAAUAUGGCUUUAUAACCAUGUUAAA